GUUGGGUUGAUGAGCCGUUGAACAGCUUGUUUCCAGGUAAAAUCUUUCUGUCCGAUGACAUUUUAAUUGAUCUACACGUCACUGAGCUGCUGCUGGUCGAGGUUUAAACCCUGUCAGAGGAAAACGUUUCACCGGGAGGAGAGAUGGCGGCAGACCGAGCCGACGGGGACAGAGAGUCGGACGGGGACAGAGAGUUGGACGGAGACUUUAGCAGGACCAGUCCCCUGAUGGGCGAGGACCAGUUCAAGGCGUCCUGCGCCAAAGAGAUGGCUCUGCUGUCUCUGAUGGAGAAGACGGGAUACAACAUGGUGCAGGAGAACGGCCAGAGGAAGUACGGAGGACCGCCCCCAGGCUGGGAGGGCCCGACCCCCCCGCGGGGCUGCGAGGUGUUCGUGGGGAAGAUCCCCAGAGACCUGUACGAGGACGAGCUGGUCCCUCUGUUUGAGAGAGCCGGCAGGAUCUACGAGUUCAGACUGAUGAUGGAGUUCAGCGGAGAGAACCGUGGCUACGCCUUCGUCAUGUACACCAACAGAGAGGCGGCUCAGAGAGCCAUCCAGAUGUUGGACAACUAUGAGAUCAGUCCAGGGAAGUUCAUCGGAGUGUGUGUGAGUCUGGACAACUGCCGCCUCUUCAUCGGCUCCAUCCCCAAAGACAAGAGGAAGGACGAGAUCCUGGAGGAGAUGUCCAAGGUGACGGACGGCGUGGUGGAUGUGAUCGUGUAUCCUAGCUCCACUGAUAAGAGCAGGAACAGAGGCUUCGCCUUCAUAGAGUACGAGUCCCACAAAGCUGCAGCCAUGGCCCGCAGGAAGCUCAUCCCAGGAACCUUCCAGCUGUGGGGUCAGUCCAUCCAGGUGGACUGGGCCGAGCCGGAGAAGGACGUGGACGAGGAGGUGAUGCAGCGAGUCCGAGUCCUCUACGUGCGUAACCUGAUGCUGAGCACCAGCGAGGAGACGCUCCGUCAGGAGUUCUCUCGUUUCCGGCCCGGCUGCGUGGACCGCGUCAAGAAGCUCAACGACUACGCCUUCGUCCACUACCGCUGCCGCGAGGACGCCGUCACCGCGCUCAGCCUCAUGAACGGAGCGCAGAUCGACGGCGCCACCGUGGAGGUGACGCUGGCCAAACCGGCCGGGCUGAAAGAGGGCGGAGCCAGGGGGAGGAGGUACAGCAGCAGCAGCAGCAGCUGCAGCAGGGGGUUCAUGGGAAACGUCCCCGGAGGACGAGGGAGGAUGAUGGGCGGAGCCGGAGACGGGAGCCCGCCGCUGAGGACGAUGUCGUCACGCCUGGGCAGCAACUUCUACAGCGGAGCAGACGACGACCCAGACAGGUGUGUGUUCCCCCUGUUCCCGGGCACCCCGCUCAGCCCCACCAGCCCGCUGUCGCUGAAGAAGAGUCAGAUCAGCUCCGCCGUCAGUCUGCUCGACUACUACUGCCUGAAGUGCUGCUGGUCAGCGCCCGAGUACCACCUGUACUCCACGCCGGGACAGGACGGGAAACUGCUGCUGCUCUACAAGGUGGUGAUCCCUUCCACACGGAGCACCUACUUCCCAGACAAACUGUGUUUGCUGCUGGAUGUUGCCAAAGAGCUCGCUGCCCAGACGACCCUGUGGAACCUGGACUCGUCCUUCCUGAGCACAGCUUCCUCUGAUUCUCCCAGCAGCUCCUCUCCUCCGCUCUCCGGCCCGCCCCCCUCCACCAGUCCCGGGUUGCUGACCUUCGCCUCCUGCCUGCCUCCCCCUCCACCGCCCUCCCCGUUCAGCCUCCCUCCCCUCCCCUCUCUGUCCCCGAUCAGCCCUCCUCCCUCCCAAACACGGGGCCUCUACCUCGGCCACCAGUCGCCUUUCUACUGAUGGAGCCCUUGUCUCAUCUGAGGUUCAGCAGUGAGGGAAAAGAUCCAAGGACAAGCAGGAGGAAAGGCAGGACUGUCUUUAUCAUCAGACUGUUUGUUUGGUUCCUUUCUAUUUUUAAUGUAAGCUCAGUCUGAGACGAUUCCCGCUCAGCUUCUUCUUUCUGUCACUUCUGAUGUGGAAAACAAAGAUAGACGCUGUUUAGACUCCACAGUGUCUCUUCUCAACAUCUGUUACAUGUCAGUGUCAGCCUCCUCUCUGGCUCCCUACAGUCACCUUAAAGCACCCGCAAAAAUAAGCUAAUUUUAGCUCUUUUUACCCAUUUUAAUUGUUUCCAGAUGAAAGCCAUAAAUCGGCCAUAAUCUAUAUUUGGACCUUAACCCUUUGAUGCACAACAUGGGUCAAAAAUGACCCGCAUUCAUUUUUUCCCAUGUUAUUUAUUGCUUGCUGUGUUUUUCUGUGCUCUAUCUUUUGAUAUCAACUUAUUUUAUGAUUGGAUAUUCCAAGAAUGUUUUAAAUAUCUUGUUAUUGAUAACAACAGAUUAUUAUUAACAUUUUGCUUCUCAUACUUUAUGAAGAAAAAACAUUUUUGUAUUAUUACGCAGCUAACUAC